CCCCUGCACGCAGGCCUCCCUCCCUGGCUGGCAGCACAGCUGUGCUCUGUGCUGUUCCUCCCUGGAAGGUCUUCCAGGAGCCAAUGAUGAGAAGAUGUUUAGGAAAGGCAAGAAGCGGCACAGCAGCAGCAGCUCCCAGAGCAGUGAGAUCAGCACCAAGAGCAAGUCUGUAGAUUCCAGCCUUGGAGGACUUUCCAGGUCCAGUACUGUGGCCAGUCUAGACACAGACUCCACCAAGAGCUCAGGACAAAGCAACAGCAACUCUGACACCUGUGCAGAGUUCAGGGUGAAAUAUGUUGGUGCCAUUGAGAAACUGAAGCACAGUGAGAGCAAAAGCCUUGAAGGGCCUCUGGACUUGAUCAACUACAUAGAUGUGGCACAGCAAGAUGGCAAGUUACCUUUUGUUCCAGGUGAAGAGGAGUUCAUCAUGGGGGUGUCCAAAUAUGGCAUCAAAGUCUCCACCUCUGACCAGUAUGCCGUGCUGCACCGCCACGCGCUGUACCUCAUCGUGCUGAUGGUGUGCUAUGACGACGGGCUGGGCGCCGGCAGGAGCCUGCUGGCCCUCAAGACCACGGACGCCGCCUCGGAGGAGUGCAGCCUCUGGGUCUAUCAGUGCAGCAGCCUGGAGCAAGCCCAAGCCAUCUGCAAAGUGUUAUCCACAGCCUUCGACUCAGUGCUGAUGUCAGAGAAGUCCUGAUGCCUGCAGCAGCACAGCAGCCUUGCUGGGAGGAGGCAGACUCCAGUCCCACCACAGGGCCAGGGCAGAGCCCCAGCCUGGCACAGGGUACUGGGUCAUGCCCAGGCAGCACUUGAAGGAACCAUUCCAGCCUCAGCUUCCAGACAGGGCAGAGUUUUGUACUUCACCUGAUUUUGUGUCCCCUGUUUUGUACAUGACUGUCAAUAGAGCUGUAA